AUGGCGGUAAGAUCGGUGAAAGUCAGCAACAUCUCUUCAGGUGUAACACAGCAAGAAUUGGAGGAAUUUCUGACCUUUCCUGGCAAAAUCGAAUAUAUUGAAAUGCAGAGUGAUAAGGGAAGUUCCCAAGUUGCAUAUGUUACCUUCAGUAAUCCAGAUGGAGCAGAAACUGCAGUUCUUCUAUCGGGAGCAGUGAUGGCUGGACAGUCUAUAACCAUAGCUUUGGCUCCAGAUUAUGCUCUACCUGCCUCUGCUGCAUCUACAUUGCAAACUGCAAAUGAGACCAAAAAUGCUGACACUGCUGAAUCUGGUUUGAGAAAGGCAGAGGAUGUUGUCAGCAGCAUGCUAGCCAAGGGCUUCAUUUUGGGCAAAGAUGCAUUAAACCGUGCAAAAGCCUUUGAUGAAAAGCACCACUUUACUUCCACAGCCACAGCAAAAGUUGUUUCUUUGGACCAAAAGGUUGGUAUUAGUGAAAAAAUCAGUGCUGGUACAACUUUGGUGAAUGACAAAGUAAAAGAAAUGGAUGAGAAACUUCAAGUUUCGGAGAAGACUAAAUCUGCAAUUUCAGUAGCUGAGAAGUCAGUGAGUAAUGCUGGAUCUGCCAUCAUGAAGAAUCGUUAUGUGUUAACUGGGGCUACAUGGGUCACUGGUGCUUAUAAUAAGGUUGCUAAGAAAGCUGAGGAGGUGGGACAGAAAACAAAGGAGAAGGUUUUAGCUCAGGAUAAUCAAGGAAAGACAGAAGGCCAUGUUGUCCACACCAUUAUGCCUGAACCUCAACCUCCCAAUACAGCUAAUCAACCAUCCAAACCUGAAUCUCCACAGGCCACCAUGGCUGGUCAACCUCCCAAUACAGCUAAUCAACCAUCCAAACCUGAAUCUCCAAAGGCCACCAUGGCUGGUCAACCUCCCAAUACAGCUAAUCCACCCUCCAAACCUGAAUCUCCACAGGCCACCAUGGCUGGUCAACCUUCCAAUCCUACAACAACUUAA